AUGGAUCCAGUAGGACCAUGGUCAGCAUAUGCUUCUUACAAUCGGCUAGCGGGGGUCCAGGCUGGUACUGCAAGUGGAGACUUUCAUCACCAUCUAGCAAGUGGUGGUUCAGGACUCGGCAGCCAGUCUGUCCCAUCAACCACAAGCCAAUUAUUGCUCCAGGCUGCGCAUACAACUGCUUCAUUAGCUGGACAACUGGGCUCAUCAACUGCGUCACCUUUCAACCCUGGUGGAUUUUUAUCUCCACCCGCUGUGGGAUAUGACGCAGUGUUUUCACCACUAUUUCAUCAUGCAAGUCCAAAACCAGCACACUACAGUUCGUCUCUUCAGGCUCAACAUCGGCAAGUGAUUGCUCAAGCUCAGGCUGCUGUGGCUUCAAAACAGUCAUCAGUGGAAACAGAGCUGUCAUCUUUAAGAGAAAAUUAUUCACAUCAGACAUUAGCACAAGGAACAUCAUUUUUUGAUCAAUCAUCAACUCCAGGCAGCACAGCUGGAUUAAGUUGGCAAGGAAAUAAUCAACUUCCGAGCCCUUUUGGGAUUUUACCUCAUGAAAGUGUUGUGCCUUCUUCGCCAAGCCCUGCUACUACAAAAGCUUCAGCAGCCUAUGAGAAUUUUAAUGCACAUUUUGCUGCUGCCCAAACCCUUAACAAUCAUCUUAACUCACAAAUUUCUAGUGCCGGUAAACAAACAAAUAGGUCAGGUUCCCCAGCUACUGCAUCUAAGCAACCAGUGUCUUCAACCUCAUCAUCUACAUUUUUUCAAUCUCCUCCUGCUUUUGGAAAUCAGACUGAUAACACGUACAGUGCAAGUAGUGCAAAGAGUGGUCAACUUUCAUCUCAACAGGAUUAUGCUGGAAAACAACGCGCUAAUACUGCAUCAUCGGUAGCACCCACUUCUCAGCAGCAGAAUGUAAACAGUGCUUCCCAAGACGCUGCUACAAAAAUAAUGGAAAAAAAAUUCAAUGUUCCUGUCACGGGCCCCGGUUCAGGCUUCAUGGCUUCUUAUCUAAAAUUUCUACAAGGGGAGCGUGAUACGUCCCCGCCGCCGGCCGGCAGGGGCGCCAGAAAGUCUACUUGGUCAAGGGCUAACACAAAUAGCAAUGCCAAUAGCACUAAAGCGUUCACGCCCAACGAGCACAACAAGAGCCAAUGCGAAGCUAGCACGCCACAGCAGAGUGCUAACGGUGCGAUGGCGCCUACUAAUGCCAUCAAUAGUGGCAUGUCGCUGAGCAACCCAGUAAUGAGCUCCUCGGCGAGCAUGAGCACGGGCGGCUUGCUGGGCGCGAACCAGAUACACGGUGCGCCGACCAACCUCCUCAGCUCGCAGGCAAAGAGCGAGAUGGACGAUCCACGCUACUACAAUAUGAACAAGGAUAGAAAGAGAAAGUACGAUGGCAGCGAGGAGGCGUACGACGCGGAGGAGGAGGCGCGGCGGCUGAACAAGCCUGUGCUGAACGUGCCAAGCACGCCCCUGAACGAGAAGGGCAAGAAGGGGCGCGCGGCGAUGAGCAAGCCGCCGCCCUCGGCCGCCGUGGCGCCCCAGCCGGCCGCGCCCAAGAAGCCACGAGCGCCUGCACCGCCGCCCGUGGCAGCGCUGCAGCCAGCGCCGCAGCAGCAAUACUAUUACCAACACCAGCCCGAGGAAGUGUCUGCACAUGGAGCUGCCUUAGGGUAUACCAAUUACGCUACUAGUGAAACUGAGGCAAAUAAUAGAAAAUUGCAUCACAUUAAGUCCCACCAGCAAGUUUCCAGUACAGGCCAAAUUGAUAACACCAGACCAGUUGAGGAAAUGCCAUAUCAGUCUGGUGAGUUUGUAGCAAUAAAAACUGAUCUGAAUGAAAUGUGGCCUGCAAUAUGGCGAGUGGAUGGCAAAACACUCCUGCAAAAGUACGAGCCUUUUGAGGAAAAUGGAAAAGUGUUAUAUCGAAACAUAUCUACAUACGCGGCGUGGAAUCCCGAGAACAAGAAACUCUACACCCAGGUACCGGUGAAGGUGCGUUCUCAGUCUCACCUAGAGACGACUGUUGAACUGCUGAGGAGCGAGUUACCUCUGGACGACUGCAAUUUUAUCGAAAAGAGGAUGCUAGAGACGCAGAUGUAUCAAGAGAACUUUGAAGUGUAUAUACAGACCCUGAUAUCGCAUGCAUUGGAUCCCAAUUUCCUCACGGAGAUAUUCCAAGAGCAAGACGAGUACUUCCUAUCGAACGUGAAGACCGUGGACGAGGUGACGGAGACGAUGAAGGCGCGCGUGUCGUUCGCCGCCGCGGGGGCGGUCGCUGGAGGGGCGGCGGCGGGGGCGGCAGGGGGCGCGGCCGGUGCGGGGGCGGGGGGGAGGGCGCUCGACGCGGCGGCCGCCACAUGGCCCGGGCUCAGUGUGUCCGCGGGCGUAGGGGCGGGCGGGUGCCGCGCCUGCGCCCGGCCCGCCGCCGCGCGGCUGCUGCUCUACGGGCAGCCGUACAACCCCGCCACGCUGGAGCCGGUGCAGCCGGACGCUCGACUCGCCUACGAAAAGGAGUUCCUGGUAUGUGGCACCUGUUGUGGACGCGUGCAGCUGUAUUCGAGGAUAUCGCACCAGAAGUAUCUGAUGUAUGCUGAAUGCAGCAAGAGGGUAGCAGACAAGCGCAUGCAGAACCCCAGCAAGGACACCACCCUCAUACUGAAUGAGCUCUUAGCAGACGAAGUCUGGCUGUCGCAGCUGUUUCGCGACGUGCGACACUCUUGGGCCGAGGCGGAGUCAUGGGAGCGUAAAAUGCGCCACGCAAUGUCCAGACAGAUGAUU